GUAACCCUCAAAACCUGGCAAUUUGCUUGCAGCUUCAACCACAAUGGAGGGUAUUGUGGUAAAAGAAAAAGGGGAACAUUGAAACUUGAAAACAAUGCUAAGUCUCCAGAAUCAGCGUCUGGAAACAGCUCCCAUGCUUCUCCAACCGACCUUGUUAACUCCGCUCCAGUGAGAGAGAGAGAGAGAGAGAGAAAUAGAGUAGUUGCAUGGUUUUUUUUACAUGACAAGCAACAACCAACGCCAGCUCUCCUUUUAAACAUCUUAGUCCACAAAAAAGAGAGUGGCUCGAUUCUUUCUUCUUUUUUCUUUUCCUGCCGACAGGUAGAGGGGAGAGAGAAAAAGGAAAGAUGGCGAUGGGAGGAGUAUCUCAUAAAGGAAACGGAAACAGCAACAGGGGAAGACCAUAUGGGUUGAUGCUACUUGUGGCAUUUGGGGCUGCAUUGCUUGGUGUUAUGGUGCUGCACAAGCUCAGGGAGAGACGCAUCUUCAACCUCCUUGUCGCAGACAAGAACCGUCAGCUCAUUUCUCUUCAGCUCCUGUUGCAGAAGGAAAGAGAAUACAUGAAAGAAAUGAAAAGGAAUGCUGAAGAGACGAAAGCAAAGAUAUACUUCCUUAGAAACCAAAAAAUGGAGCUUGACCGUAGGCUCUUGGAGAUGCAAUCUGCAAUUGAAUCCCUUAAAGAUGAACAAAAGACCAUGGAGUCUGCACUGGAGGAGAAACAAUACGAGAUUAUACUGCUACAAGAGAAACACGUCGAUUCAGGGAAUGAAAAUCCUCAGGUCUUAGCUCUAACAGCAACUUUGAAGCAAAAGGAGGCAGAAAUCGAGGUCUUGAAACACCGUCUUAAAUCCCCAGUUAGAGUUUGGUCCGUGAGUGCUGAUGACAAAUCAAAUCUGCCAGUAAAUAUAACAGUUACAGGAAGUAUGGAAGAAAAGGAAAAGACAGAGUUCAGCCAAGAGGAGGGUGGGCGAGUACAUGAAUCUACUGCAUAUAAGGAUGGUGACAAUUCCACAAAAGAUCGGGACAGAAGUGAGAUUAAAUCCAAUUUUUCUCAAGAGGAACAGAACAGAGAAGAGGUUGAAGAUGGAAGCAAGAAAAAGGGUGAGACUACUCUUAGAAUGGACAUGGCUGGUGGAGGACAACUGCAGAAACCGGUAAGUUUGGAAGAAAAUGCCAGAAAUGAGGGAGCCGCUGGAGAAAUGAGAAAUGAGUAUUCUCAAUAUACAGGUACUUCUAGAAUGAAUGGGGAAAUGAAUCAUGCAAAUGCCACUGAAACAAUCAAUGACAUGGAUGAACAAGGACAGAAAAUUACCAACACCGGGCAGCUUGGAGAACUUAAAAAUCCCCGCCCAGAAGGUGAGAGUCAAAAACUCCAAGGAACUUACGAAGGUGGGAGGAAACUCGGAAUAGAUGACAAUUCUAGAAUUUCAGGAUUGUCAGGGAGAUUUGACCAUUUAAGCAGAGCAAAGGGGAAAAGAUGGAGAAGUCUUGCUAGGAAUAGGUUCCUGAAGAAGAAUGUACUUUCUGAGCUAGAUGGAGUGGCAAGCAUGAGAAGUAGAAGAUUUUCAAAAGCAUAUAAAGAUGAAGCAAGAAGCAGUGAAGGGGGAGUAGUUUCUGACGAGGGGAAAGCGGAAAGAGAAGCAGGUAUGAGGAAGGAAAUGGAUUUGACAAAAGUAAAUUUUCUGAAGCACCAGAACUCUGAAGACACUGAGGAUGUGAAACAAAGAAAAGUGAGCGCUGAGACAAAUCAUCAGGUGGAGGGAGAGAACGCAAUGUCAAGAAACCCUGAUAAAUUUCUGGCCAGAGAAGUACCAGAGAAAGCAGGUGUCAAUGCUGAAGCCAGUAAUUAUACAAAUCAUGUCAAGCAGCUGAAAGUUGAAGAAGCUGCCAGUCACAUCAAACAGAAUAUGAAGAGCAGGGAGGUGAAGGAACUGGAGAAGAAACCCGAACUUAAUCCCGUUGCCAAAGAUGAAAUGGAAGAGGAUACGGAGGUUGCAGAUAAACAAGAACCAGAGACAGAAGCCGCUAAUGGUGACCUUUCCAGCGACUUUAUGUCCGAUUCGGAAGACAAAGAAGGGUACAAGGAGGCAACGGAUGAGUCCGAGUUUUAAUUAACAGAACUUUUGUUCUGUCCUUGUUGUAGAGCUUUCAAAUACCUGUCUUGCUCUUAGAUCAGUAAUUAAUUUGUCUUUGUUUUUAGCAGUAACUAUGUUUAGAUUUAAAUGGAGAAGAAAAAGGUUGAU